GCGUGAUGUGAACACAUGGAAAGCGCCCUCAACAUGAUUUACAUAUUAAAAACAGAGGCCUGGAAAAAUAGUACACUAAAAAUAUCGGGGAAAAUGGCUAGUGAUGAGGAAUAUGUAAUGACGGUAAACGACUGGAAUACAUCGUGGAGUUCUGGUCACGACAGCACAUUCAUAUCGGAACCUCAUCCAGCUCUGGUUGAAAACAUUGAUACAUUUACAGCUGGUAAAAAAUGCAAAAUAUUUGUUCCUCUUUGUGGUACAGCCAUCGAUAUGAAAUGGUUGGCUGACAAAGGACAUCAAGUCAUUGGUUUGGAGUGCUCGGAGGUGGCUAUCAUCAAAUUCUUCAAAGCAAAUAAUAUUGAGUUUAACAAAGAACAGGUUGAUGGCAUUCAGGAUGCAGUGCUCUACAAGAGUGCUGAUGGGACGAUUGGUAUUUACCAGUGUGAUCUGUACAAGUUCCAUGAUGGUAUCACAGGAAAAUUUGAUUGCAUAUGGGACAGUGGAUCUAUUGAAGCAAUCAACCACAAAGACAGGGAAAGUUAUGCCAAGAUAAUGAUAUCUUUAAUGGCGAAAGAAUGCAAGUAUUUCAUACACAGCUUUUCAUAUGACAAAACUAAAGUUGAAUUUGGACCUUACAUGUUCAGUAAAGAAGAUUUUGAGGAACUCUUUGGUGGACAGUGCAUAGUGGAGCUACUAUCCCGAUACAAGAUGCCAGAUAAAUUCCUGAAGGCGUACGACUUUUCUGCUGAUUCCAACUGCUAUGGAAUUUUACAUCUUCUUACAUUGAAGCAAGAUAAUUAAUACUUAGUUAAUGAAAUGAGCACUUAAAAUAUUGAAUGUUUUAUGUUUGUUGCUUAUCACAGAUGGUAUAUUUUUUAUAAUUUUAGUACUUAUGAUAUUGGAACCUACGGUACUAUUACUGAAGCACAUUUAUAUAGAAUAAUGAAAAUA